UGAAUAUUCAGAGCCACCGUAUGAGUUUACAAACCGGCACUUUGUGAUAAUAGUCGUGUGUGUAAAUACAAACAGAAGCUAUUUGGUACGCAAAUCAUAAGUCCCAUCGAACAACUAAAACAAUAAGCACAAAAAUAGACAUGUCUGAUAAAGGAGAAGUCGAUCUAACUGGGGCUAAGCAGAAUACUGGUGUCUGGCUUGUUAAGGUCCCCAAGUAUCUGUCACAGCAAUGGAACAAAGCAACGGGAAGAGGCGAAGUCGGUAAACUCAGAAUUGGAAAGAAUCAAGGAAAAGCAGAGGUUUCCUUCACUUUGAACGAGGAUUUAACCACCAUCGAUACCAUCGGGGAGAAGGUGACGACUGUCCGUGCCCCUCGGGAACACCCGUUCACCAUGCAGACCGUGGGGGGCCAAACCCUGGCUGUGUUUACCGAGUCCUCCUCAGGCCAGUCAGAAGAGAAAUCUGACAGCGGAGUUCCAGACAAAAUCGCCCUGGAGGGAGUGGUGGUACAGAGAGCUGAAUGCAGACCUGCCGUCAGUGAAAACUACAUGAAAUUAAAAAAGCUCCAGAUAGAGGAGUCGUCCAAACCCGUGCGCCUCUCCCAGCAGCUUGACAAAGCCGUCACCACCAACUACAAACCUGUGUCCAAUCACAUCUACAAUGUGGAGUACGAUAAGAAGAAGAAAGAGGAAGGCAAGCGGGCGCGAGCAGAUAAACAGCAGGUUCUGGACAUGCUUUUCUCUGCCUUCGAAAAACAUCAGUAUUACAACAUCAAGGACCUGGUGGACAUUACCAAGCAGCCGGUGACUUACCUGAAGGAAAUACUGCGGGACAUUGGCAUCUACAAUGUGAAAGGCACACACAAAAACACAUGGGAACUCAAGCCGGAGUAUAGGCAUUACCAAGUGGAGGAGAAGAGUGACUAGCCAGGCACUGUGCGUUUGCCUACAUUGCACUGCCCCUGUUCAGUGCCAUGCUAGUGGCUCACUUUCAUAAUGAAGUAGCACUGACUGCGGUCAUUGGAUCUUUUUCUUUUUUUUUUUACUUCCAAUUUUAAUGAGCUCAUUCCGUGGCCAGAGACUGUGAGUGUGAAGGCAGUGCUUUCACUCCUCCAAACACUUUCCAGAAAUGUCAUAGGGAAGGGGAUCGCUGUUGGUCAUUAUCAUUACAGUUAUCAUUUUUUUAAAAUCAUGUAAGGCGCAUAACCUUAACCAUGGUCAGCUCUAUAGGUGGUUAGUGCCUGUAAAUUAUAAAAGGAAGACUUGUGUGAAUCUGCCGUUUAUAUAGUGUAUUUAUGUGCAAGAGUGCAUUAUAAGAAAAGAUAAUUUGUCAUAUCAGGUUUUUUUUUUUUGUAUGGCCCUUUACGGAAACUACCCUUGUAAAGUAACUUGUCCAAUAAAUGUUGAUGUUAUUUGGA